UUCUCUCUCUCUCCCUUUCUAGUUCAGCUGAUCACAUCUGGAAAGGAUCUGACUCGGGAAGGAGAGAAAGUGUUCGGCACUUGAAGUGAAUGUAAUUGACAUGGCAUGAGCAAACACAGCAUUUUGGGGGGGACCAGAGAAACAGUGUUCUUCAGAUACUUCCAUUCCUAUCAACUGAGCAGAGUGGCAAUGUACCUGCAGUUCAAAUUCCUGCUUCCUGUGCUGUGGUUGUUGGUGCUCAGCUCCAGCAGGAUUCAAGGGCAGAAGAACGAAGACAGCAAUGAGUUCACAGAAAAUUCAUCUGAACUGCUUGAUCUGGAAGGCAAUUCCUUGGCUCCACAGUGUCCGAAGAAAUGUGCUUGCAGCCCCGAAGGAAUUGUGGAUUGUGGAGGGUUUUCACUGAAAGAAUUUCCCAUAGAUAUACCGGAAUUGACAAACCACCUUUCCUUACAGAAUAACCAGAUAGAAGAAAUAUUUCCAGAAGAGCUUGCCCGUCUCUCCAAGCUAGAAACACUUAACUUGCAAAACAACCGACUCACUUCCAAAGGACUUCCAGAGGAGGUAUUUGACCAGCUGGAAAAUCUGAAUUAUCUUUACCUUGCAAAUAACCAGCUCACAGGGGCUCCAAAAUUCCUCCCAAGGACUUUGAUCAGUGCGGAUUUUGCAGCCAACAAUCUCACAAGGAUUUAUGAUCUCACAUUUGGACAGAAGCCGAACUUGAGGUCAGUGUACCUCCACAAUAAUAAACUUGAAGAUCCUGGGUUACCAGAGAACAUGUUCAACGGCUCUGACAAUGUGGAGGUCUUGAUCAUGUCCAGUAAUUUUUUAAAAUAUGUUCCCAAGAAUCUGCCACGAGCACUGUAUAAGCUGCAUUUGAAGAAUAACAAGUUGGAGAAGAUCCCCAAAGGAGCAUUCAGUGAGCUCUUAGGACUUCGAGAGUUGUAUCUGCAGAACAACAAACUAACAAAUGAAGGCAUGGACAAUGAAACCUUUUGGAAACUGUCAAGUCUGGAAUAUCUGGAUUUAUCCAGCAACAACCUCUCCCACAUCCCAAGUGGCUUACCUAGAAACAUUGUCCUUCUCCACCUAGAGAAGAAUGCAAUUAAAACAAUUGGCAAGGAUGUCUUGACACAGAUCAAAAACCUGGAAUACCUUCUACUUCAUAAUAACAAAUUGAAGGCUCGUGGGAUCCACCCCCAGGCUUUUCAGGGUCUGAAGAAACUGCAUACUGUCCAUUUGUAUAACAACCAGCUGGAAAAGAUUCCCAGUGGACUACCCAGGCGGGUGAAAACUCUUAUGAUUCUGCACAACCAGAUCUCAGAAAUUAGCAGGAAUGAUUUUGCUACCACGUACUUUAUGGAGGAACUAAACCUGAGUUACAACAAGAUCAUCAGCUCACAGAUUCAUCGGGAAGCCUUCCGUAAGCUGAGGUUACUGAAGUCCUUGGACAUUUCAGGGAAUAAUCUUCAAACCAUGCCUUAUGGCUUUCCAAAGAACCUGCAAAGUCUGAAGCUAAAAGUGAAUGAAAUCAGCUCCAUUCCCAGGGGCACCUUAUCUGGAAUGUCAAAGCUGCAGGAGCUGUAUCUGAGUAACAACAAACUCAAAGUCAGCUCAAUUUAUCAUGGAUCAUGGCGGGAUCUCACCAGCCUCAAGACAUUAGAUAUGGCUGACAACCAAUUGACUUCUAUUCCUUAUGAUUUGCCAGAGUCCUUAGAGUAUCUUUACCUUCAAAACAACAGGAUCACCACUGUGCCAGAAGAUGCCUUUGAAUCCACGCCCAACAUAAAAGGAAUCUAUCUCAGGUUUAACAAGAUUGCAUUCAAUGCAGUAAAAGAAAGCACCUUUCAAAAACUGAAGCAUUUGCAAGUUUUGGACAUUGAAGGAAACUUUGAAUUCAGUGACCCUUGGAAAAAUGUAGAUCAUUCUGAGGAAGACAUGCAAGAAGAAGAGGAAGAAGAGGAAGAACAGGAGCUGGAAGAAAAAUGAAGGCAUGGCUUUGACAAGGCAUAGAUAACUCAUGGACAUCGUGCCAUAUGUUGAUUGUGCAUUAUUUGUGAAUACACCAGUUUUCAUUGCACAUAUAUGUACAAUUAAAAACCAAGCUGCAGAUACCCUAUGAUAGUAUUCAUGGUGCAAACAGUCUAUGCACUGUCUGUACUUGUGACAGUCUAAUAUUUAGGUGUUUUUCUGAGGCUACUUUCCAACAUAGAAAGCUGCCUUAUACUGAUGGAUCAAUCUAGUUCAGAAUUGUUCACAGUAUGCGGACUGGCAAUGGCUUCGUAAGGCUUCACAUUAGGGACAGGGUAAGGAUACUAAGGGUUGAACCAGGCUAAAGCAGAGAGGUUCCCCUUAUCUCCAAGACUAGAAAUGAGCAACAGCCCUUCCUUAUUCUCUAGCACUUUCUUUUUCCAAGGAGCAGUAAAACAGGGGUCUGGGUAUCCUUUGGAACACUUUUGAGAAGAUAGUUCAAACAUUUAUUUUGUGACCGUAUAGCUACAGAUACAUCAUGAGGAGCCCGCACAUUCUGACAUGGAAGUGCCUCCAAAUCUUUUAUGCAGUCCACAAGCCCUGCUGGGCCGGCAGCACAUUGACACCAGUGCCUUGACUUCUUGGGUACCUUAGCUGCUGUUUUACUGUCUAGACCAGGCAUGUGCAAACGUCAGCCCUCCAGGUGUUUUGGACUUCAACUCCCACAAUUUCUAACAGCCGAUAGUUAUGAAUUGUGGAAGUUGAAAUCCAAAACCCCCGUAGGGCCGAAGUUUACCCAUGUCUGGUCUAGAACCAGCUCCUUGAUAGAACUAUGCUGGUGACAUUGCUUCUGGUGAUCACUUGGUUGGUGAAACAGUGGUUGGCUUUUUUUGAGGAGUGGAUACUGGAUCACUCCACUUCCAGGCCCAUCCAGCUGUCUACACAUCAAAAACACUGGGGGUCACUCUAGAUUAAUCUUCUUGUAGUGAAUUAAUGGCUGGAAUAAGAGUUCUGCUGCAGACCUUGCUGUUUGUCGUGUGGAUUGGACUUCUUGCAGUGGGUUUGAAAGGUGUAUGUUUUAUUUGGUCCAUGUAGAUGUUGAGAAAGAAUGAGCAAAUGCUCCUUUGGUGGGAUACUUUUUAAAAGAGAUACCUAACUGCUUUGAUUAUAGAAUCUUGGGUCACUGGGGUGAUAUAGGCUUGAUUAAAUGUAAAUAAAUGCAGUUAGCCAUAUCUGCAUUACAUUUUGAUCCCUUGCUUGAUUCUAUUUGAAACUAGGGUCUUAGAUUAUAUAAUUAGGAUAAAAAUCUAAUUAGGCUUAAUAAGAUGCAAGGAGUUCGUACACGGAAUUCUGACUUCAUGUUUUGCAGGAACUAAUUUAGUAAAACAUGUACUCCCCACUUAUAUGUCUAUAUGUAUCUCUAUUUCUAUAGACAUGCAGAGAACUCUUAGCUGAACGUGCAAGAAAUUACAUGCAGGUGAUUGUGAGAUGGUUGCUGAGGCCAGUUGAACAUAGUUUGCUAAUAUAGGAAGAGGAAACCUUCAAGUAUUAUUCUGUAUCUUCUACUUCAUUUUCUCCAAGUACUUUCUGAAUCAUCAGGGACUGGUAGGGAAUUUACAAAAGCUGGCUUUUGUUUUCCUUCUUAUGUUACUUCCAUAGUUUUAAUCGGUAAGCAACCGUUGGACUCUUUAAAGUAAAUAUCGUAAAACAAGCUUAUGAUGCCAACACCAUUUAAUGAAUGAUGGUAUUCAGAUAGAAGAACCAUCUGAUGACAAUGAACCCACCUUUUCACUCUGUUCAAUAUGUAUAUUUGGAUUUUUUAGAAGUCAUAUUAUGGCUGGACCCCUUUUUUAAUUUAUCCCAGUUUCCAAAGCCUGCAAUGUGUACAUCCAGCUUUUUGAAGGUUUAAAAUAUCAAAUCAUUCUAUUUUGUGAAAAUUAAAAUAUAUUUUGCUUUUUGUUA